ACGGGUGUGAGGACAUGGUGCUUUCCUGUUCUGCUUACGGCUGUAAGAAUCGGUAUGAUAAGGAUCGGGGAGUUUCUUUCCAUAGAUUUCCCCUGAAACGUCCGGAGCUCUGCAAGAAGUGGCUGGCGGCAGUAAGGAGACGUAAUUUUACACCCACCAAAAACAGUAAUCUUUGCUCAGAACAUUUUACAUUGGACUGCUUUAGGAAGAACUGUAACAACAAAAUAUUGGAAGAAAAUGCUGUGCCAUCCAUAUUCUGCUUUACCCGACCAAAUCAACAGUCUAAGAAAUUAGAAAUACCAGUAACAAGUGACCAACCUAAUGCAGAAGAAAUAUCAGAGGACACCGCGCUGAAACAAGCACAUGGUUUGCUAACUGUUUAUGAUCACAGCUAUAGUGUUGGUGAUGCAUGUUUGCAAAAGAAAAAGAUUCAGAAAUUGGAAGAACAGAAUGAGAAGCUGAAGAAGAAACUGAAAUUCUUGCAGCAGAAAUCGCGCCGCCAAGAGCAACGAUUACAGAAAAUGAAGAAGUUAUUACAGCAACUUAAUCCACAAGAGAUACUACCACAUCAGAGAUGUGUGUUGUUACAUGAUACUUUGUAUGAAGUGAUUAAAGUUUAACAUUAAUUGGUACCACA